AUGAACUGUGAAACAGGUGGUUCUGUCACGGCUAUAGCACCACAGCCUCCAGCUUUCCCAGCUACCAGCAAUGUAGCCCCCUUGCCCUCCAACCCCUCCGUCCCGGUGCCCAACGGCUACCCCGGGAAGUCGUCUUUAUCGCUCGAAGUCGAGACCGAUGGCUCGACCUCCGAUGAACAGGCGGACCCUUUCAAUCCCGAUUCAUCGGUGGGCGACAAUGACGGGGACGAUGAGGACGAUGCGGGUAGCUCCAAGAAUACUCCUGUUCUCGUCGAUCGCCCGCGAGCAUCGUCUGGGUCAGCUCCACACCUAGCUCCAUCCGAUGGAUCAUCGUCUACACCUUCCUCAAAGCUGUCAUUCAAACCAUCCGAACACAAAAUGCGGUCUACGGCAGAUACCCAGGCCUUCAACUCGGCAGAAGACGUUGUUUCAAUGACCCGGCCGAGACAGAUGUCUUCUGAACAAGAACAAGGCACCAGCCGUUCCAAAGACAGGAAACCUCCGCCGCCGCCUAGAAGCCAUCAUGGAAAGCGAAUUAGUAUUACAGGCAGUACAGCUUCUCCCUCGAUUGCCACGCCUCCUCGAUCAAAUAACCGCCUUUCAUACCAUGCAUCUUCCCCAGAGAGCUUGACCUCUGCACGAGCAUCGGGCACUCCCAAUGCCAGCUCAGUAUACAAUACAGCACCAGGGGACUACUUCUCGGUUUCUUCUGAAACCCCAAGGGCGACCGACUCAACCGACUCGCUUCAUCGCAGCAAUUCCCAACCCAAGCGACCACCGACGCCGCCUCUCAGCCGACGCCACAGCCAAAUGCGGUCAAAGUCCGCCCAGUCCAAAUCUAGCGGCAGUCGAUUAACCAUGUCUUCGCUUGAUUCCGAGAGUAACGAUAGCUCCCAGCCUCCGAGUCCAGGCCGGUCCACCCGUUCCGUCGCUUCAUCUAUGUCUCAGGACCGCAAGCGCAUCAGCAUGCCCCCACCUUCCGGGGAGCCGCGAUCUGGGGUUACAGAUUCUCUAUCACCUCCCCCAAGCUCAAGGCCCAAUCUCAAUCAGGCUGGACGCCGGGCCUCAUCGUAUGGUAGUUUAGGAACGGGCUCCUCCACAGCACCACCCCCACCCCCGCCUCGUCGAGGACGGGACUCGCAACGUGGUAGUGACGGGGGUCUAGUGUCGCAGGCUACAGAAGGAGCAACCCUGCCACAACCAUCCAACGCGAGUGAUAUAUUGGCGGAUUUGUCGCGAUUACAGAAAGAGGUGGAUGAACUUCGGCGAGCACAAGGCCAAUGA